AUGGGUUCGAUUCUUGUUGAGAUGGUGGAUGAUAUAUUUUGGGGUAUGUUGUUUCGGCCGAGUUAUUCACGUCAAAUGAAGAAUUUCCCUUCAUCAGAAUCGUUGAAGGAGAAAAUUUUGAUUUCAACUAAACCACCGGAGUCUCCUGAAAUUCAAGGACAGAGGAUACCAGCGGAAGAAGUUGAGUGGCGUGAGGACAAAGAUGAUAAAUCUAGAGUAAAUGAAAAGAAUGUGUUCAAAGAUCGUCAACGAAGAGAUGAACAACAUGCCUUGAAGAAGAAGAAUGAUUGUGAAAAGGCGAAAAAGGAACCGAUGGAACGUCUUAAAAGGAUGAGGUGCUGGGUGAUUUUGAAGAGGUUGAUGGAAGGAAGAGAUGGAUGGGCACUCAAAGACCCUGUUCUUCUUCGGUCAACAGCUUUAGAGAAAAAGUCAAAAAAACCAAUUUGUUUGAAAGAUGUUGAAGCUAAGUUGAGAGUGUAUUCAACUACUGAGGAAUUUGCUUAUGACUUGAGACAUGUAAUCUCUAAUGCUUUGCUAACAAACCCUCCAGGAUGUGAAAUUUACAAAAUUGUAGAGAGGUUUAGUGAUAGUUUUGAGCAUAAAUGGGAGUCUUUGAAGAAGGAAUGGGCAUUUGAGGACAGAAGAAAAAACAUUCAUAAGAGGAGAAGAUAA